CUUGACUAUGUAGUGAUGGAACAGGCGCUGAAAUGAGCUCCAGUUACGACCCGUUUGAUAUCUCUACACCGGUGCAGGUGUACACGUCAAUCAUCAUGAUGGUAUGACUGUAGGUGUGAGACUAUAAAACGUCCGUCAGCUUAACGUUAGUUCAGUUUAAACCGUCCUUUCUUGUCGUGUUAGUAGUAAGCGUUAGCUUAACGUCUUAAAAUGUGGGUUUUCGGUUACGGGUCUCUUAUCUGGAAGGUGGAUUUUCCGUAUGAAGAAAAGAGAAUUGGCUUCAUUAAAGGCUUCAGCCGUCGGUUUUGGCAGGGCAGUACCGACCACCGGGGAGUACCGGGUAAGCCUGGCCGGGUGGUGACACUGGUGGAGGAUCCCGAGGGGUGCGUUUGGGGCGUUGCCUACAAGUUGCCGACGGGCCGGGAGCAGGAAGUGAAGCGUUACCUCGACUACCGAGAAAAAGGCGGUUAUCAGGUCAUCACGGUGACCUUCCACCCCCGUCCACCGCUCUCCCCUCCGCCCAGCCAGACGCUGCUCUACAUCGGCUCUCAGGACAACCCCGACUACCUCGGCCCCGCCCCUCUGGAGGAGAUAGCCAACCAGAUCGUCAACUCAACCGGUCCAAGCGGGCAAAACACGGAGUACCUGUUUCAGCUGGCUAAUGCCAUGAGGACAAUUCUGCCUGAGGACUCAGACACACACCUGUUUUCUCUUGAAACUUUGGUGAGAGAAAGACUACACAGUGGGCAAAAACACUAACACGUUGAAUGUGAUUAGAUAACGAAUCAGACUUGAUCAGUUAUAUAGAGCAGGCUGGACUAAUAAUCAAAUAAUCUCAGGGUUUAAGAUAUACACGGGGCCAAGAAGGAUAUUUGUCAAGUACAGAAAAUAUGUUGAUAAUGUCUGUUUUAGUUUCUUGUAUUGAAAGCUGCUUCCAAAAAAUACAUUAAGUUAUUGUACUUCAAACUACAGAUUGAGUGAUCACAACAUAUGCUUUGCAUAAACCUAAUGUACUCCUUGCACAAUAUACUGUACAUCAAUGCAAAUUACAUUUUGAAUUAAUAAAUAUAUUCAGAGUGAAUACAUCUACAUUCA